UGAUUAAAAAAAAAAAAGAAAAGAGCUUCUGUAACAUAGAAAUCCCAUCGUCCUCAUUUCGAAUUUCCACACAACGAAGGCACACUCUCCCUUGCGCACAUCGUUAAUCGUUAAACCCUAGGGUUUUUCUUUGCAUUCCUUGUGCGAUUCACUUCAAUUCGUGAUCAUUAUUAGGGCGAGCAUCCAUUUCAAGGCACUCCGCUUGAAUUCUGAGAGCGGAUUAAGAAACAAAGGGUGGACGAAAAAUCGGAAUAGAGGAAGAAGCAUGCGAUUGCAAUUCGCGUUGCUUUUCUGAAUCCACAACAAGGGGAGCGAAGGAAAUAGGUCGGGAUGCCGCUUUUCAUAUCGGAGGAAGAAUUCCAGCGGUGCUCGGGCGAUGCCGGCCUGGUGGCGGAGAAGGCGGACGCGUUUAUCCGUGAGCUGUUCGGCCAGAUUGAGACGGUCAAGGCGGAGGCUGAUGCCGCUGCCAUUACUCUGGAGCAGACGUGCUCGCUGAUCGAGCAGAAGUACGUUUCCCUUACGGAGGAGCACUCGUCCCUCCAGUCGCAGCACUUGGAGCUCAGGUCCUCACUCGAGCAGCGCACUUCCGAACUGGGUCCGCUCCAAACCGAGAAGCAGCAGCUUCGUCUUGAAUCUAUCGAGAAAGAUGGGGAGAUUGAGAGGCUCACACGGGGAGCUUCAGAACUCCAGAAAUCAAAGAGGCAGUUGAUGGAGCUUUUGGAGCAAAAGGAUUUGGAAGUUACCGAGAAAAAUGUCACUAUUAAGAGUUAUCAUGAUAAGAUUGUAAAUUUGACUGAAAAUGCUGCUUCAAAAGAUGCAUGCGUGGGAGAACUUGAGGCUGAAUUGGGACGAUUGCAGGCUUCAUCCUCCCGCCUUUUGCAGGAAAAGGAGCUUCUUGAGAGGCAUAACACUUGGCUUAAUGAGGAGUUAACUGCUAAGGUUGACAGUCUUAUCCAGCUGCGCAAAGCAAAUGGAGAACUAGAAGCUGAAAUGUCAUCUAAGCUUAUGGAAUUUGAGAAAAAAAUGAAGGAGAGCUCCAGUUCUUUGACUUUGCACAAGGAUAGAGUGAAAGAGUUGGAGGAAAAGCUGGCAUCCCAUGAAACAGAACUGUUGUCGGCCAAGGAUGCUGCUGCAGCUUCAGAGGCUUGUUUCACUGCUGAAAUCGCAACUGUAACCAAGCUCUUGGAUUUAUAUAAGGAAAGUUCUGAGGAAUGGUCCAAGAAGGCAGGAGAGCUAGAGGGAGUGAUCAAAGCUUUGGAAACUCAUUUAAAUCAAGUUGAAAGUGAAUAUGAAAGUAAGCUUCAAAAGGAAGUCUCUGCAAGGAAAGAAGUGGAAAAGGAGUCUGCUGAUUUGACAGAGAAACUUCAAACUGUUGAAGCAGAAUUGACAAACUUGAAGAAACAAAAAGAUCUGAAUCAUCUUCCUCUGAGUAGUUUUACAAUAGAGCCAGCGUCUAAUUCUAUUGAUGCCAACGAAGCAGCUGGGGACGAUAGAGCAAUUGUACCCAUGAUUCCAGCUGGUGUUUCAGGAACAGCAUUAGCUGCUUCACUCAUCAGGGAUGGAUGGACUCUGGCCAAGAUGUAUGCCAAGUACCAAGAAGCCAUUGAUGCACUAAGGCAUGAGCAGUUAGGAAGAAAGCAAACACAAGCUAUAUUGGAGCGGGUGCUUUAUGAAAUAGAAGAAAAAGCUGGAGUCAUCAUGGAGGAACGAGGUUUCUUGGUAAAUCUAAGCUUCUGGUCUAGGUUUGGGGUUUUUAACAUGUGUAAUCCUUUGGUGGUUGCAUUUCCUGAGGAACAUGAGAAGCUUAUUGAUGCCUACUCUGCCUUAGAUCACAAACUGCAGCGCUCACUGUCUGAACAUUCUGCGUUGGAGAUGACCAUUCAGGAGCUGAAGGCAAGCUUAAGGAAGCAGGAGCGCGAUUAUAAUGUUGCACAGAAGGAGAUCGUGGACCUCCAGAAAGAGGUGGCUGUUCUCUUAAAAGAAUGUCGAGAUGUUCAGUUGCGUUGCGGAUCAGUUUCUCGCUAUCAGGAUGAUGAGAUGGUUGGUGGUCCCACUGUACCGUCGCUUUCUGCAUCCAGUUCUGAAGAUAUCAUAUCUGAACGGCUGUUAACAUUUAAGGACAUAAAUGGAUUAGUUGAACAGAAUGUCCAGCUACGGAGUCUUCUCCGCAACCUUUCUGGCCAGAUUGAGGAGAAAGAAGCAGAGUGGAAGGCAUUGUCACAUUUCCUUUGUAGCUGUGAUAAGCAUGAGAGACAGCUUCAGAUGCUAAAGGAUGAAACCACAUCUAAAGUCCAAGCAGUAUUACAAAGAGCUGAGGAACAGUCCCAAAUGAUUGAGUCACUUCAUAGCUCUGUGGCAAUGUACAAGAAAUUGUACGAUGAGGAACACAAACAUCGUACUUCCUCCACUCGCACACAAGUUGCAGCUCCAGAACAACAAAGCAGGGAAAUUGUGGUUCUACAUGAAAGUGAUCAUGAUGCAUCAAAAAAGGUGCAAGAACAGGCUUCGGAACGUUUGAAAAAACUUGAAGAUGAUUUAGCAAAAUCUAGGAAUGACCUAAUAUUAUUACGAUCUGAGCGCGACAAGUUAGCAUUGGAAGCGCAGUUUGCACAAGAAAAACUUUCAAGAUUUAUGAAGGAAUUUGAGCAUCAGAGAGAGGAGCAUAACAAUGUUAUAUCCAGAAAUGUUGAGUUUUCACAGUUGAUUGUUGACUACCAAAGAAAGCUGCGGGAAAGUGCCGAGUCUUUUGAUUCGGCAAAUGAAAUCUCUCGGAAGUUAACUAUGGAGGUGACGAUUUUGAAGCAUGAAAAAGAAAUACUGCAGAGCUCUGAGAAGAGAGCUUCUGAUGAAGUUCGUAGUUUGUCAGAAAGGGUUUACCGGCUGCAGGCUAGUUUGGACACCAUGCAGAGUACCGAGGAAGUGCGAGAGGAAGCCAGAGUUAUUGAGAGGAGAAAACAAGAUGAGUAUGUCAACAAACUUGAGAGAGAAUGGGCCGAGGCAAGAAGGCAGCUACAGGAAGAGCGAGAUAAUGUUCGAAAUCUUACUCGGGAGCGUGAAAGUUCAUUGAAGAAUGGCUUUAGGCAAGUUGAAGAAUUGAGUAAAGAAUUGACUACUGCCUUGCAAUCUGUAGCAGCUGCUGAGUCUAGGGCUGCAGUUGCUGAGGAAUCUGAUGGUGCUGAAGGCGGUCCAUCCUCAAAUGAAAAGCUACUGGUGAAGUUCCGGGAUGAAAUUGAAAAAUUGAGAGAGGAAGCACAGGCUAGCAAAGAUCAUAUGCUUCAGUACAAGAACAUUGCUCAAGUAAAUGAAGAUGCACUCAAACAAAUGGAGCUUGCUCAUGAGAGUUAUAGAAAAGAGGCUGACGAAGUUAAGAAAUCACUGGAAAGUGAGAUUCAAUCACUUAGGGAGCGUGUUAGUGACUUGGAAAGUCUAUGUAAACUGAAAACUGAGGAAGCACUUUCUGCAACCGCUGGAAAGGAAGAUGCUGUUGCUGGUGCUUUGUCUGAGAUUGCCAGUCUGAAGGAUGAUUGUGCUACUAAAAUGUCACAAAUUGUGGUGUUUGAAUCUCAACUAUCUGCCUUGAAAGAUGAUCUGGAGACCGAACAUCAGCGUUGGCGAACUGCUCAAGACAAUUACGAAAGACAGCAUCAGAUUAAACCAAAUGCUUCUGUAGACGAGUUGAAGUUGGUUAUUCUACAGUCAGAGACAAUUCAGGAGUUAACAAAAACGUCGCAAGCCUUGGCUUCAGCUCAAAAUGAGACAUCCGAGCUCAAUAAAGUGGUGGAUCAUCUCAAAACUGAGAACGCCAACCUGAAAUCGAAAUGGGAGACCGAGAGCUCUACAAUCGAAGCCUACAAGAAUGAGGCGGACAAAAAAUACGACGAGGUGAACGAGCUGAACAAGAUCCUGCACAGCCGACUUGAAGCCCUGCACAUCAAACUAGCCGAGAAAGAACGUGGAACUGCUUCCGGGAGUGGGCCCCACAGCCUUACAGAUGAUGACGGGCUGCAGAGUGUGGUAAACUACCUGCGCCGUUCAAAGGAAAUAGCCGAGACCGAGAUUUCCUUACUGAAGCAGGAAAAGAUCCGGCUUCAGUCCCAGCUGGAGAUCUCCCUAAAAUCGGCAGAGGCUGCACAGACGUCACUCCAAACCGAACGCGCGAAAUCCCGAGCAAAUUUGUUCACCGAGGAUGAAUUCAAGUCCCUUCAGCUUCAGGUCAGGGAACUGACUUUGCUCCGGGAAAGCAACAUUCAGCUCAGGGAAGAGAAUCGGCACAAUUUCGAGGAAUGCCAGAAGCUUCGCGAAGCACUCGAGAACGCCCGGUCGGAAAACGAGAGUUUGGAGAGGGUAAUAAGAGAGAGGGAUGCCUACCUGGAGACCUUCAGGAAAGAGAUGGAGAUGGUGAAAAUGGAAAAACUGAAUCUCGAGAAAAGAGUCGAAGAGCUGGUGGAGAAGUCGAAGGAGGUCAGUUUGGACGACUAUAAUCGCCUGAGGGACUCUCUUCAGCAGAAAGAUGCUGAGAUGGAGGAAGUCAGGAGACAGCUGGCGGAAAAGGAGAGUGCGCUCUCGAAUCUGGAGAAACUAUUAUCGGAUAGGCAGGAAAUGGUAUCGAACUUAGAGCGGGAUCUCGCGAGGAUCAAAACCGAGCUGUCUGAGAGGGAGUCGAGAAUUGCCGAGCUCUCGAAAAUUGAGGCUUCCUUGAAAACUGAGGUCGAUAAGCUUAAGCAGAUAUACAGUCGGGGGAGGAAAGCCUUGACUAACACGCUGAAGGAUAGGGAUGAGCUCACGAAUCAGAAGGAGAAACUGUCGAAGGAAUUAGAGGAAACCAAGCAAGAGAUGGCCAAGCAAUUAGAGGAAGCCAAGCAGCAGGCGAAGGUUAUUAUUAACUCGGCAGAUUCGGGCAGCAGCGAGCAGACACUUAAGGAGAAGGAAUGGAAAAUACAUACCCUCGAGAAAUCGCUCGAGAAGCACAGGGACGAGCUGAAGAAGGAGAGAGAGGAUCACAAACGGGAGAAAGACAAGAGAGAGAAGAUCAAGAAAACGGUCAUCGAGUCUCGCGAUGUGGUGAGUCAGCAGAGGACGAAGCUUAUCGACGAGCUGAAGAAGCACCAGGAAGCUCUGAGGAGCCUUCAGGAAGAGGUCGAGAGAUUGAAAGGCUCGGGAAACAAGAUUCAGUCAGAGAUCACAAAUUCUAGUAUUUUGGAGGAUUUCGCCUCGGCUUAUGUCCAGGCUGUCGAGAGUUUCGAGCAGGUGGUUCAACCUGUUUGUGGUGAUGACCUGGAUUCUUCUACCCUCUCUGAUGUCCCAUCUUCUGACCAGGCAACUAAAGCCCCUUCGGAUAAUCCACCUCUACCGAGAACUAACGAGGAUAAAGAAAAACGGCUCACGUUAGCAAAGUCGAACGUGAAACUCGGAAGGAAAUUGGUUCGUCCUAGCAUCGUUAGACCUAAGGAACAACAACAACAACAACAGCCACAAGGCGGUGACAUGGACAUGUCCGAAGCAGACGAGCAGCAGCCCACCAACUCCGCAACUGUGGAAGGCCAAACGAGCUCGGCACCGGCUUCACAAGCAACAAUUGCGUUUGGACGAAAACGCCCCUCGGCUUCAUCUUCCUCCGACCUUCAAGACGAGACGCUCGUCCACCCUGAGGAAACGACAACCCCCCGCGAUGUGCUGGCGCCUCUCUCGAAAAAAUCCAAAUCCUCGGAGGACGAGCAGCAGCAACAGGGUGACGAGGAACCACCACCGUCUGCGGACCCCAUGGAGGAAGUUCCGGAUGAUGACGUGGCGAAUGCCAGCAAGGACGUCGAUUCAGAAAAAGACGAGGCGGCCGAAAGGGAUGAUUCCGAAACUGGAGAGCAGCAAGCGGAGGAACCGAAAUUAGACGGGUCACACGUUCCGGCAGUCGAGCUGCCAGCUGGCGGCGGUGAUCCUGCGGACGAGAGUUUAGAGAAGCCUGGCGAGGAGCCGGUUUUAUCAGACGAUCAGGUUAGGGACCAAACGGAACAGGAGAGAGAGGAGGGAGAAGUUGUUGGGGACUUUAUUAUUGCCGACAGUAAUGAGGAUGGUGACGAUGUGGGGCCCACGGCCGACCAAUCUCCCGUGGAGCCUGUGACUGUGAGUUCGCCGGUGGGAUUGUUGGAGGCUGGGGAGAUCGAGGAAGAAGAGAGGAACGAGGAGGAGAGUUUACCUGAGAAGUCUGCAGAAAACGAUCAGAAUCUUCUGGAGUCUUCUUCAAAUGCUGCUGUUACUAGUGCUAAUACUACUACUACUGCUACUGCUGCCAACGAGGAUGCAUCGACUAGCAGUGUGGGACCCGCUUUAUCAUCACCUGAGGCGGCGGGAGGGAAAGCGGUGAAUAGUGGGAGCUCGACGACUAUUAAUCUACAGGAGAGGGCAAGGCAGAGAGCACAGAUGAGACUAGGCAUUACUGGUGGUAAUCCACCGAGUAGGGGCCGUGGGAGAGUGGCGCGUGGCCGUGGGGCCCGAGGUAGGGCUGGACGUGGACAGUCUCCCGGUUAA